AUGUAUCGUCGUGUGUGUCGGACAGUCUCUUUGGUUUCAGGUGUGGUUAAUGGAUGCGCCCUUCGGCAACCGUCGGCGCCCGCCGCCGCUUCGCUGAGGCGCCUCAGUGACGAUGCCGUUUCGCCUAUUGACCGCCUGGAGGCUCCCGACGACUUCGCGCCCGGCGACGGUCCUCCCCUGCUUCCGGUGGCACUCCGGAUGGCUGAUGAUAUUGCCGAGCUGCUCUCAGGCGAUGAUGGAGAUGUUCUCAUAGCCGGGGUGCAUGGACUCUCGGCGAGGAACAGGGGCAUCGUCGAGUUGCCAGGGAAAUUGGACCGCGCUGUGAGGGUGGCUGUGAGGGACACAGGAGCGACUCAUAGACAGGUCAAGGCCAAGGGACGUAGCCUACUUGAGGCGCUCAAGUCAAUAUCGCGGGGAUUGGUCCCUGUGGACGACGAUGAUCAUUCAGGAAAGGUAAAGGCCUGGCUGAAGGAGGGCAAGACUGCGGGAGAGUUUUCUUCUGAGGACAGUGAAGUGAGUGGCGCACACUUCCUUGGGGAGGGCACCGAGUGGGGCGCGAGGCUGUCCGUCCGCAAGCAGAAGCGAUUGUUUGAGUCUCUUGAAAAUGAAGAAAGUAUGGCCAGGGGGAAAGGGAAGAAGAAGCCCCCGGUUCGGAGUGAGGCCGCCACAAACUAUGGCCCACUGGAGGCUGCUGCAUAUGCGGUGACAAGGCUUCCGAUGACCUUUGGAGCUCAGGUGCGGGUGAUGCAGGAGCUUCGCGUGCGCGCGCCCGGAUUCAUGCCGGUGUCACUGUUAGACUUUGGUGCGGGUCCCACUCCCGCCCUGUGGGCCGCUCGUGAAGUUUUUGGCAACAGCAUUUCGCUGGGUUCGACGGGUGGCACCACCUCCGUCACCCUCGUUGACGCGAGUCCGAGCAUGAUGGCAUUCACAAGAAGACUGGCCAGAUGGGUGUACGACGAUACUGAGGUGCACGAGCUUGGCAGUGGAAUGGGUUUCCUCGCGAGACCAUCGGGUAGGCCUUUGCCAGAUCCCAAUCCGUGGGGCAUAACAGGACCGGUGCAAACGGUGGCAUCGCUUAGAUCACUGAAUCCUCAUGCAACAUUCGACAUGGUUGUCUCUGGUUACAGUCUAGGGGAGAUCGCGACAGGUACUAGACAUGAACAACAGCAGCGAAUACUUCGGGGCGACGGCAGCGAAGCGAGCGAGAAGAGUGGAGCGACAAAAAGGUUGGACGACACGAUUAUGUCUCUCUGGUCUCGCGUCGCGCCCGGAGGGGUCUUGGUGCUGGUGGAGCCUGGGACUCCGCGAGGGUCCAAAUUGAUUCGACGUGCGAGGGCUCUAAUUCUUGAUGCAGAGAAAAAUAAGACACGUAACAGGCGGGAAGAUGGAGAAGAUGCCGACGAUUCUUUUGAUGCACACAUCGUCGCCCCUUGUCAGCAUGACAAGGUGUGCCCCAUGGACGGACUCGAGGGAAGCACGUGGUGUCAUUUUAGCCAGCGUGUGAAGCGUACUGAGAUGCACCGUCAGAUGCUUCCCCGUGGACGAGGACCUCAGCACCAAGACGAACGAUUCUCGUACGUCGUCAUCCGUCGCAUGAGUCGGAAGCGUGCCAUUGCCGAGGCCAAAAAUCGUGUCGCGGAGAUUGCUGCGGGAGAGCAAAAGGUUGGCUUCAAAAUCGACAAGGAAGACGACGAAGAGGACUAUCGUGAUGAAGACGAGGAAGAUGAGGAAGACGAGGAAGAUGAGGAAGACGAGGAAGAUGAGGAAGACGAGGAAGACGAGGAUGGUGACGGCGAGGAGGAUGAUGACGAUGAUGAGGACGGUGAAGAAGAAGGCAAGGAUGUGGGGGAGACAAAAGCUGGUGCGGUUGCAGUUGCGAGCUCGUUCAGUUGGGGUCGCUUGGUCCGUCCGCCAAUCAAGCGCAGCAGACAUGUUAUCCUUGACAUGUGCAGUGCCAAUGGAGAGCUUGAUCGACACAUCGUCGCCAGAUCUAAUGCUUGGGAGGGUGGUGUUGGAAAGCAGGGUUAUAAAGCUGCGCGAAAGUCCAAGUGGGGUGAUUUGUGGCCGUACCGGGAUCCUCGCAAGCUUCACGAGACGAAGGAUGCGAGCGCCGCAGAGCUUGAAAAAUUCUUCGAGGACUUCGAGGAUUUCAAUAUGGAGGAUUUACAGGUCAUGAUGAAGGGCCGCUCCACUCCAGUGGGCGUCAGAUUGCGAACGAAAUCAUUCCAAGCGAAAAGGCCAGCAUUUGUCGAAGAAUUUGUUCGCCUCGAGCGUGAGGUGGGAGUCGACGCCAUGGAGGAAAAUGAAAGCGCCACCGCCGGCAAAGAAGGAGUCAGAGAAGAUUAG